GGUUUCCUCAACUGACAAGAAACUGGGUUGCUAGGGGGACACUAUUACAUUGCUAGCUAUUUUUCUAUCUAGCAGAAAAACGGCAUUAAACAUGUUUGUAAAGCUUAAUCCAUGUUGCAGUUUAAUAUUUUACAGAAAGUUAAUCGCAUUUUAUAAGAACGACUUGCAUAUACUAUUACAAAAUUUCGUGUCGUCGCACAUACGACCCGUGGUGCCACAGGAGACAUGUUUGGUACAUAUAUUUUUGGUCAACGGCGAAUGUCUGAUAAUUCGACAGUGCAGUGCUGUCACAUUUUGAUUUAUUGUUAGAAGAAUAUGUCGCAGGUGAAAUAGUUAAACAACGUAGACUCAACGGAAAUAAUAUUUCGAAGAAUAGAACCUUCAAUAACAGGUGAAAUAGUUAAACAACGUAGACUCAACGGAAAUAAUAUUUCGAAGAAUAGAACCUUCAGUAACCUGCUUGAAAAGCGUUUAGUACAGAAACGGGCUCCAAAACCACUCUCGAAACUAGUUUGGACCAAUGGCCUGAUUUUAAAAAGAAAAUAUACGAUUACUCUCUAACUAAAACAUCUGUAGUUGGGUGUAUCUCAUGGUAUUGUAUACAAGAUAGCAGACAAGGAUUUAAAGUUGAUGAAAGCUCACAAGCUUCCAUCUACACCUGGAAAUUAAUGGCAGUUUUCAUGACAAAAAUGGUUAAAACAAGCCCCAGCAGUCCUACUCCAGCACAUUGCUGUCGAGUCUCCUGAUGCAGUUCCUCUGGACUUUUGCUUCUUUAGUGUGCUUGAUGUGUGUUUCGUCUAAGAUUGACCUCGCCCUUCUUGUUACAAUAUAAGUUGCGGUGCGGAGGGUCAUAUUGCGUAAUUAUGAUCAUACUGAAUACGAACGACACGGAGAAAGUAGUUCCAAGAGCAGCAGGAGACUUAAAACAUAGUUCUUAUAAGGAGUAUCUGGAAGCUUGUGAGCCUUUAACAACUCGAAGUCCUCGUUUAUGGUAUCAGAAGAUAUUGUCACCUUCAUUGCAAUGUGUUUUUAUUGGAGAGGUGGGUCACAAAACCAUGGCCUUCACUUUACGAAUAAGAGCGUUACUUCGAAACUCAAAAACAAAAAUAAAACAACAACGAAGGAGACGAGAAACAACGGAAAUCAAACGGCGCAACGGAAAAAGACGUAAAACAGCUGGGUACGAUCCACUGACAAGACUACAUAAUCGUUUAUUGGUUGAUAGCUGGUAUUUAGAGCACUCGGUAGCUGUCACCUCGCUAUCACGUGAUGUGACGUUUCUCGCGCCACCAGAGAGCGGAGAAACCUGA